CCUUAAUGAAAUAUUACGAUGCCUCAUUUGGGCAAAUCUCUACCAGAGAAGUUUGGAAUGGCUCUGGAUGAGCAACAAAAGUUAUUGAAUGCUGGUGGCCGUUCACAGCUUUCCGUUACCAUCGUAGAGGUUGCGGGAACUCCAAAUCCGAGUCCAUUAUCGGAUCGUAGCGGCGAACAACUUCUCCAAACUCCUUUGGAUUCGGCAUCUAACGCCUGCUGUCAGGGCUUGAACCCUUCGGGUCUUCUUCUGGAAAGCCCUCCGAAAUGGGGGGAGGCAGCACGAUACGCUUCCAAACAACAUCGAAAAAUAGCCGGUAGGGCAACGUUCCAAGGACAAGUUUACAACUUUUUGGAAAGGCCUGAUAAUUGGAAAUGUUUUGUUUACCACAUCAUCGUGUAAGUAUGAAAAGAAAUAUUAUUUU